AUGGAAGAUGCAAAUCAAUACAUUCUUCUUCUUAUUGAUAGUGCCACUUCACAUGUAAUUGGUGAUGUAAAUCUUACUCAUAUAAAGGUUGUUAUUUUACCUCCAAGAACUACCUCAAAGCUUCAACCAAUGGAUGCAGGCAUUAUUGCUGCCUUCAAACAUCAAUAUUGUUGUUUUUUAUUGCAACAUGCUAUUGACCAUGCUGACUUACUAGCAUCAACAACCCUAGAAAAUAAUGAUACUGAUAGUAUAAAUGAAAGUAAUUCUUCUUUUAUUACUCCUUCAAACCCUGUUAGACUCGAUGCUAUUCGUACUGUAAUCAGUCUUCUUGAUACAACUAUUUCUGAUCACAAUACUGUGCUUAGAACAUUGCAUUUAUUACAACAAGAAAUUCAACUUCAAGUCUUCUCCUCCAAGAUUCAAACAACAUUAGAUAGUUUUAUUCAAGUAGAAUACCAGUAG